AUCAGCUGCUUUACAGCCCAUACGGAGAGAGACUCGCUAUUCCUUUGUUCUAUCUAUUCAGGAGCGCCCCACUAUCGCCUACUCGAACGCUUUGCGAUCAACAGUCUUUUCAUCAUUAUUAUCUGCUCUGAACUUUACCACGUCGCGAGAAAAGCAGCCUGUCAAAGAUGGCGAGCUUGAAAAGAUCUACCGAGACAGAUUCUCUGGCCUCAAACAUCUCGAGCAAGGUCUACGUGCGAUCAACCCGGAGUGGCAAGGUGCAGAAAAUCGUGAGAGAAGUCUACUUACGAACUGACAUCCCCUGCUCUUCCAAACUCUGCAAAGCUUGUCUUCAGGAUGCCCCUAGAAAUGCCGCUCAGCAAGCUCAGCCUUUUGUGCUCUCGGACAAGCCAGCAGGCACCGAGACUUUCCCCCAGGGCCAUUACCUGGUGCCUGAUACUAACGCGUUGCUCAACGCAAUGGACCUUUUCGAGCAGAGCUCAGCUUUCUACGAUGUUAUCAUCCUGCAAACAGUACUGGAGGAGCUGCGAAAUCGGUCAUUACCACUCUACAACCGUCUAGUGGGGCUCACAAAGAGCGAGGAUAAGAGAUUUUACGUCUUUUUUAACGACUUUAGGCUCGAGACAUUCGUCCACCGUCAGGCAAAUGAGACUGUGAACGACAGAAAUGACAGAGCUGUGCGGUUAGCCGUCAAGUGGUACGGCGAGCAUCUUGCCAGGACAAAGGCGAAAAAGCUGCCAGCAGUAGUGAUGCUUAGCGAUGAUCGAGAGAACCUUCGCAAGGCCAAAGAAGAGGGGCUUCACGCAUCUUCUCUCCGGGACUAUGUGAGCGGCCUCGAAGAUGGCGAGAGACUACUUGAUAUGGUCGCAGAAGCUCAAAACCAAGAGUCUUUUAAGAAGCAGGGUCAGAUGCUGUACCCUGAAUACUUUACUCUAUCAAGGAUGAUGACCGGAGUCAAGGCUGGGUUGAUGCAUCAAGGAAUCUUCAACGUGUCGCCGUAUAACUACCUCGAGGGUUCAAUCAAAGUACCGGCGUUCCCCAAACCUCUUCUCGUAUUGGGUCGCGAAAACAUCAACCGAGCCGUUGAUGGUGAUGUUGUGGUUGUUGAAGUUCUUCCCCAAGAUCAGUGGAAAGAACCUUCGACAAAGAUCAUUGAGGAGGACGCCAUCACCAAGAACGAGAAUGCAGAUGUGGAAGAGAGCCAGGAUCUCGUAUCUGAAAAGGAGCGAAAGGCCUUGCAAGAGCAGGUCAAGAAGACUCAGAAGAGUGCAUCGGAGAGCAAGCCACAGCCUACGGCCAAGGUUGUGGGUGUUAUCAAGCGUAAUUGGCGUCAGUAUGUUGGUCAUAUCGACCCAUCGUCAGCCAGUAAGGGUUCCAGCCAAGGUCGCAAGCAGGAUAGCGUUUUCCUCAUCCCAAUGGACAAGAAGAUUCCCAAAAUCCGCCUUCGUACACGACAGGUUGCUGACCUUCUUGGCAAGCGCCUGUUGGUAACUAUUGAUGCCUGGGAGCGUGACUCAAGACAUCCUGUCGGACAUUUUGUGCGAUCUUUGGGUGAGCUGGAGACCAAGUCGGCCGAGACUGAAGCUCUGUUGCUGGAGUGGGAUGUUCAAUAUCGGCCUUUUCCCAAGACCGUAUUAGACUGCCUUCCCAGAGAGGGACACGACUGGAGAGUGCCGACGAGCAUGGAAGAUCCUGGUUGGAGGCAGAGAGAGGAUCUCCGAGGUCUUCUCAUCUGCAGUAUUGACCCUGUUGGGUGCCAGGAUAUCGAUGAUGCUCUCCAUGCCAAACAGCUCCCUAAUGGGAACUAUGAAGUUGGUGUUCACAUCGCCGACGUGUCCAACUUUGUCAAGCCUGCCAACGCCAUGGAUACUGAAGCCAGCAUCCGGGGUACCACAGUCUAUCUCGUCGACAAGCGUAUCGAUAUGCUGCCUCCUCUUCUCGGUACGGAUCUUUGCUCGCUCAAGCCUUACGUUGAGCGAUUUGCAUUCUCGGUGCUCUGGGAGCUGAACGACAAUGCUGACAUCGUCAACGUUCGCUUCACCAAGUCUGUCAUCAAAUCUCGAGAAGCGUUCAGCUACGAACAGGCCCAGUUGCGAAUUGACGAUGAGUCUCAGCAAGAUGAUCUUACCAAGGGAAUGCGCAUGCUUCUCAUGUUGUCCAAGAAAUUAAAGAAGAAGCGAAUGGAUGCUGGUGCCCUGAGCCUCUCUUCCCCAGAAGUCAAGGUGCAAACUGAAUCUGAGACGUCUGACCCUAUUGAUGUCAAGACAAAGCAGCUUCUCGAUACAAACUCUCUCGUCGAAGAGUUCAUGUUGUUUGCCAACGUUAGCGUUGCAGCCAAGAUUUAUGAAGCAUUUCCUCAAACCGCCAUUCUCCGACGUCACGCGGCUCCCCCCAAGACAAACUUUGACGAACUAUCAAACCAACUCCGCACCAAGCGUGGCAUGGAGUUGCGGACCGACUCCAGCAAGGCCCUUGCCGAUUCUCUGGAUCAGUGCGUGGACCCCAAGGAGCCAUUCUUCAACACCCUUGUGCGUAUCAUGGCUACUCGCUGCAUGAUGAGUGCAGAGUAUUUCUGCUCUGGAACACAAGCCUAUCCUGAAUUCCGCCAUUACGGUCUUGCUUCAGAGAUCUAUACUCAUUUCACCUCUCCCAUUCGACGUUACGCCGAUCUUCUUGCCCAUAGACAGCUCGCUGCUGCCAUCGACUAUGAGGCCAUACACCCCAACGUCCGCAGCCGGGGUCGCCUUGAGGCUGUCUGUAAGAACAUCAACGUGCGCCACCGCAAUGCUCAGAUGGCUGGUCGUGCCAGCAUCGCCUACUAUGUCGGCCAAGCCCUGAAGGGCAAGGUUGCUGAGGAAGACGCGUUCGUGAUGAAGAUUUUCAGCAACGGCUUCGUCGUUCUUGUUCCACGCUUUGGUACAGAGGGCCUGAUCCGCCUUCGAGACCUUGCAGAGCCUGAGCCCGAGGCUGAGUAUGACGCAGAGACAUACACGCUUACGACCAAGGGAAGCCGCGAGAUCAAGGUAGAGCUCUUCCAAAAAGUCAGGGUUAGAGUCCGUGACGAGAAGGAUGAAAUGACAGGCAAACGCGGUGUCAAGAUGGAAUUGAUCGAAGCAUAGAUAUAGGCGAACAAAAGCUGGGUUGUGUUGGGAGGUACACGGCAUCAUGCAUAAUCUACGAGUCACUUGGUAAACCAUGUAGGAGUUUUGGGAAGACAAAUUGUUUUUUUACGAAUGUAUAUGCACGGAUACAAACCGUUCUACCGGAUCCUUGAAACGCCAAACUUUCCAGUGAAGAACUCAUGUUAACCCUUCCGUCAUUCUGCUGAACAAAACCGCUGAAACACUUUUCUUUACUGCUCCAUAGCAUCGGCGGCUUCGGCACUGCCCUCAUCGUCACCCCAUAGGCCCUCGAGCUUGAACUCGGCAGCCCAUUCGGUCACGAUCUGCUUCUGGUCAGCAGCAACCUCGUCCUCGCCAGCGUUCUUGAUGGCCGACUUGGAGGCGGUAGUUGUCGACUCGACAGCUAGAACAGGAGGCUCAACCCAUCCCUGGAUGCGGCCGUCUCGCCAGUCAGUGACGACUGUCAUAGCAGCAGCAGAGAGGUUAGGAAUACCGCCACGACCAAGACGGCCUCUCUUGCGGGCGACUUGAACGAGGAAGUCGGUGGUGAUAUCACCAUCGGCACGAUCAGGGAGGAGGGCAGGAAUAUCGUAGACGCUUGUGAGCUUCUGCAUAAGAUCGGGAGAAGCUGACAGACGCUUCAGGAGAAGAGUUACGGCGGGCAUAGGAUCGUCGAUCUGCUUGGGGGGGACAGCGUUGAGGAGAACCAAGUGAGCAUGUGCCUCAGUGGCGUUCUUGAGAGAAACGAGACCAGCAGAUUGGGUGGAAGACGAUGAAGGGAAAACAACACCGGGGGAGUCGAGAAGAGUAAGCUUGCUGUCGAUCUUGACAGAGCGAAUACUUGUGGUAACACCAGCCUCGGCACCAGCAGGGCAAGCCUUGGAAGAGCUGCCACCCUUACCGCUCAUCCUUGAAAGAAGAGCGUUGAUAACAGAGCUCUUGCCGACGUUAGGAUAACCGAUAACACCAACAGAGACGGCGCGCUUGAGUUGUCGGCUGGCGGCAAAGCUCUUGAGGGCCUUGAAGAGCGUGGCAGAGGUGCUCUGGACGGUCAGAUCGCGGUGGUUAAAGGUGUGGGCGUUGGGAGCAGCGCCAGAGGCUCGGAGAGGCAGAGUAGGGAAGUACCGUCGCAGGUAGAUAAGCCAGUCUCGUAGAACCUUGGGAGGGAUGAGAUCAACCUUGUUAAUGACAAGGAUCAGUCGCUUGCCGCCAGAUGCGGCAGCCAUAAUCUGGCGCUCAACCUCGCGAGAGCGGGUGCCCUCGGGAUCGCGAGCAUCGAGGACAUAAAGAACAACAUCGGCCUGCUCAACGACUUGCUUGAAGACUCUGUCAUAGGUCUUUCUCGAUGAGGCCUGGCCAAUGGACAUCUCAGGGCCACGGUCGUUGUCGGAGCCGUCGGUAUCGUCGUCCUCGUCCAUAUCAUCGUCGUCAGCGAGUUGUCGAUCAUAGGUAGCAGCAGCAGCGCGGGCGCUCGCGAUAAGCGCAGCCAUGGGGUUUGACUCGUCGAUAUCCUCGUCCAUGCCGUCCUCCUCCAUCUCGUCGCCAACGUCGACCUGGACAUCGGUCAUGGCCGCCUCGUCCUUGGCGCCCGUCUUUGCAGCCUUGGCCAGCUCCUUUCUUCUUUGCGCCUCCUCGGCCUUCUUUAGACGGUUCUCUUCAAUCUCCUGGAGCAGCUUCUCCUUGUAGGGGAACAGGUUGGGGAUACCGGGGUCCUUCUUUAACUUUGAUCGCCAUUCCGGGUUCUUCUUUGCCAACUUGCGCUCCUUCUUUUGCUUUGCGGCGGAAGCCUUUUCGAUCUUGUGGCGAAGACGAACGGGAGUUCGCUUAGACUUGGGCU